CAUGCCGCUCCCUCAUCCGCCCCGGCGCGGUCGAGGCCGCUCUCCUUCCGCGGCGAGCCAUGUCGACAUCCACCCAGGAACCGGUAGACUACACAGACAAGCCGCGGUGGUCGUACACGCCCCCUCGUACCAAGGCCCCCUUCUCCCUGCGGGGGCUCGACUCUACGCGGCCUGAUUUCCCCGUCAACACCGACCCCAAGGUUGUGGACCGGUUCUACAUCCUCCUGCUCGGCAGUGGCGGCGACAAGAUGCUCUCGGACGAAACCAAGUGGCUGGCACUGACGCACAAGAGUUUUGAUCAGGGUCGGAGAGGAUUCAACGACCGAUUGGCGUUCGUCGGCAAACAAAUCGUUCACCUACAGGCUUCUCUGGCUCUAGUACAGAGCCCCAACAAUAUGCCCCCCGCUGGCCGCGAUGUCCACGGCCGCAAGCCCUUUUCCCACCCGGCAUUGGAUGCCCUGACCAGCCUCAGUCCCAACACGAAGAGCUUCCUUACGAGCAAGACGCGGCUGGCGGAGCUUGGUUACAAGUAUGAUAUGCAGAGAGUGGUGAGAUGGAGUCCUCGGAAGCCCAACAACCUCGAAAGUUCCGGCAUCGAGCUCGUCCUCGCUCACACGAUGUACGCCAUUAUCGGCGCCAUCUCUCUGGAGAAGGGCAAUCUGGUUGCCAACCAGGUGACCCGCGAGCGGAUACUGAAACCGCUAGGAUUCAAGAUCUCGGCUUAAGUUGGGAGGCUGAUUUACGGGAAAUGGCCGCAGGUGCAUUUUCAAGGCGUUUGUUCCUUUUCCUUUUUUUCCUUUUCUUGGAUGUUCUUCUCUGUAUGUGUUGGGGGCACACUUCAUCCACCGUAUAUUAUGUAUUUUUAUCUACGACUUGUCUUAUAGUGACUGCAAAUACCACUGGAAGUU